AUGCCGACCACGGCGACAUGGGAUACCGGCGUCGUUGAUGCUAUUGAGCUGAAGAUGCGCCAGGACCUCGGCAAGAGUGACUCGUGGCGGAGAGAUAAGACAUCUCGCAUAACACACUCCCAUCGUUUGCAAACAUUUGGCCGGCACUCACGCCCUCACUUGAGAGCAUUCCAGGGAGGACAAUCCGAUGCUCUGGUCAACCAGGUGAACAAACUGUUGCUGGAGAUGGGUCUCAUGGGACACCGUCAGAUCCCUGAGACGAUGACCGUCAAGACAAUGGUGCCGUUAAGCGCCGAGAUUGUUCCGGGUCCCACCCGCCCGGGCUUUCCGAGCAUAGUCAUGUCCGCCCCAAACAACAACACCCUCUGCGCGGCGAACAACAUCGUGUGGGCAAUCCGGGCAGAUGACCUAGCAUUCAACCCCGCCUUCAAUCUCCAGGCCGGUGACGAUAGCAACGACCCAAUCGAGCCUCCGCCACAGGAGACCUCUGCAAUCUACUCAGCUCUCGCGGUCUCCACAUGGAAUGCCGGUCUAUCACCGUCGCCGCCGCUCCUCAUCAGCCUCAGCAUCCCGUCUUCAACUCCCCAGUUUCCCGACUUCUUGACUUCACGGUUUUCUUCUCCUCUGCAGCUCGCAAACCCAUCGGCCAGUCUCGUGGGCAAUAGCACCAUAGUCUCUGGGCUCAGCAAUCCACCUCCACCUUAA